ACCAGCCGCCUCUUUCUCUCCUCCCGCAUCCUCUCCUCUGAAUUUUCUGCCGCACCACCACCAUGCCUAUGCUCGCAGACCCCUCAACCAAGUACAAGGCCUUUAAGCCUCUCCACCUCCCAGACCGCCAAUGGCCCAGCAAGACUCUCCAGAAGCCGCCUCGCUGGCUUUCUACCGAUCUCCGCGAUGGCAACCAGUCGCUCGUGGAUCCCAUGGACGGUGACCAGAAGUGGCGCUACUUCCAGAUGCUCGUCAAGCUUGGCUACAAGGAAAUCGAAGUCUCCUUCCCGUCCGCGUCGCAAACCGACUUCGACUUCACGCAGAAGCUCAUCAACACCCCUGGCGUAGUCCCCGACGAUGUCGCCAUUCAGGUUCUGUCGCCGUGCCGCAAGGAGCUUAUCCGCCGCACUGUCGAUUCCCUCAAGGGCGCCAAGAAGGCCAUCCUCCACCUGUAUCUCGCCACAAGCCCGUGUUUCCAGCAGAUCGUCUUCAACAUGAACAACGAGCAGAGCAAGGCUCUGGCUGUUGAGUGCACCAAGUACGCCAGGUCAAUUACCAAGGACGACCCCAGCACUGCUGGCACGGAAUGGAUGUACGAGUUCUCUCCCGAGACUUUCUCUGACUCGGACCCCGACUUCGUUAUCGAGGUCUGCGAGGCUGUCAAGGAGGCAUGGAGCCCCUCUGAGGAGAACCCCAUCAUCUUCAACCUUCCGGCAACGGUCGAAAUGGCAACCCCCAACGUCUACGCUGACCAGAUUGAGUACUUCUGCCGGAACAUUUCCGAGCGCGAGAAGAUCUGUGUCUCUUUGCAUCCUCACAACGAUCGCGGGUGUGCAGUUGCUGCGGCAGAAUUGGCGCAGAUGGCCGGCGCGGACAGAGUAGAAGGUACUCUCUUCGGCAACGGCGAGAGAACCGGAAAUGUUGACCUCGUCACCCUUGGUCUCAAUCUUUACACUCAGGGCGUUCACCCCAAGGUCGACUUCUCCGAUCUCCCGUCCGUCAUCGACAUUGUCGAGAAAAGUAACAAGAUCCCCGUUCAUGACAGGGCGCCUUACGGUGGUAAGCUGGUUGUGUGCGCUUUCAGUGGAUCACACCAGGACGCGAUCAAGAAAGGUUUCCAGAAGCGCAAGAUCGAGGGCGCUACGGACGACAACCACUGGCAGGUGCCGUAUCUCCCCUUGGACCCCAAGGACAUUGGUCGUACGUACGAAGCCAUCAUCAGAGUCAACUCGCAAAGUGGCAAGGGCGGAGUUGCCUGGAUUAUCCAGCGCGAGUUGGAGCUCGACUUGCCGCGUGGUCUUCAAAUCGCAUUUUCCAAGAUCAUCCAAAAGGAGACCGACAUGCUUGGUCGCGAGUUGCUCCCCAACGAGAUCUCGAAGCUUUUCAAGCAAGCUUACCAUCUCGAGAAGAACCCGAGGUUCACUCUCAUCGACUACGAUAUCACCACCGACCGCUCAGCGUCGCCUGUACCCCCUGAGGCUGGCAAGGCCCAGAACACCAUGAACCUCAAGCGGAUGUUCUCCGGCGUCAUUGAGAUUGACGGCCAGCAACACCACAUCAAGGGUACUGGCAACGGUGCCAUCUCAUCUCUUGCCAACGCGCUCAAGCAGCUUGGCAUCGACCUCGAUGUUAACGAGUACAAGGAGCACUCGAUCGGUGAGGGUCGUCAUGUCAAGGCUGCUACCUACAUUGAGUGCAAGGCCUCGAACUCGGUCCAGAAGGUGUGGGGAGUUGGCAUCCACGAGGAUGUUGUUCAGGCUUCUUUGAUUGCCUUGCUUUCGGCUGCGUCGUCCGUGAGUCCAGCCAGUUGUGGCCACCCUUUUUGCCCAUUGCCUUGCUAACAAUCUUCCAGUUCCUGUCUUCCAGGCCAAGCACACCGAUUCCUUUCCGUCCCAAGUCCCAGACUUUAGAGGCACCCGGCAUUUCGCCGUUGAGGCCGCAUGGCGCGCCUUCUUCUGGGCCCGAUGCGGAAAAUCACA